AUGACAAGUGGCAUGAGCAUGCAUAGUGCUCGCAGAGCCGCAUUCCCAUUCCCCGUUGGCCACGGCAACCAUGGCUCCCUCUUCACCAUCGCCGCUCCAGUGAUAGCACCUGUAUCCUGGUUCAUCGCAUCUUCUGCGCAGGCGUACGUCCUGGUCACCUCGGCAUACUCAUCCCCGUCGAAUUUUGGGUCUAGUGAUGCCAUGCUCUUCGCUUUGACGAUCUUUGUGUCGCUUCUAGGUGGACUUUGGAUGGGAUUCGACUUUGCUCCCGCCGGCAGCGUUGCCACUACUAGUGGUGCCACUGCCAUCCAUUCCAUAUCCCUGAGACAGGCUCCUAUGAAUUCGGAGAAGAUGCCCCUCCUGGAAUCCUUUAAACAGCUCGGUACCGGGGAGAAAGGGGUACUUGUACUCCAAGGCGGUCAGAUUCAAUUGACGUACGGCGAUCCCAAUCCAUGGACACCGGUGGCGAGGAAAGGCGGAAGCAGGCCAAGAUCGCUGUCUCGUGCAUACCGCCCUUACUUUAUUGCCGGAAAUAUGUCCUUUGUUGCUUGGUCGCUGCUCUGGACCUACAAAUUCUACAUCGCAUCCCAGCUCGUCCUUGUCGCCAACCUCGUUACCCAGAACUAUGUCGUCUUCAUCGUCCUACAUGCUUGGAGGAAUACCCGGCCGAAAGUAAACCACACGUCGAACUGGUUCACCCACCUUCUGUCUAAAGGAAACGCCGCCAUGACCUUCUUACUCCUUUGGAAGAAUUCCGGCAUUCUCGAGAAGGCCGCGUCCCCUACUAUCUCGGAGAUGAUAAACAACGCAGUGAUAUUCAUCUUAAUGGCUAUCGGUGCAGGCCCCGAUCCGACCCUUGGGAUAUACCUUCUAUAUGAUCUAAUCGCCCUUUCUUGUGGCACCACCGAGGAUAAAGCUGGGUGGCAAACGGCUUUCCAGAUGACGGCACUCUGCCUAUUGUUCAUCAUGGCAUGGGACUUGUCGGACAUUUGGGGUGGUGAGAAGGAGCACGACGAUGGAGAGGAAGACGAGGAUGGAAUGGACGACCAGGUCGUUGGAUCACAUCUGAGGUUCGUAUGA